AUGAAUUUCACGCGCAUGACACCAGUGCAAGCCUCGACCAUCCCCCUCUUCAUGGCCUACAAGGACGUCGUGGUUGAAGCUGUCACAGGGAGUGGAAAGACGUUGGCAUAUCUCAUACCCGUGGUGGAAAAGUUGUUGAGACUGGAAGAGCCGCUGAAGAGACACCACGUCGGUGCCAUCAUCGUUUCUCCCACGAGAGAAUUGGCCACGCAGAUAUACAACGUCCUGGUGUCGUUACUGAGAUUUCACCCGCCUUCCGCUGCGGCGCUCGAGCCCUCGGAUGCGCAAGACGACUCUGCCGGGAGCAAUGACGCACAGUCUUUUCCCUCGUCCACUCUGAAAAUUCUCCCGCAGUUACUUGUGGGCGGUUCGACCACACCGGCGCAGGACCUGAGUAAAUUCCUCAAGACCUCGCCGAAUGUUCUGGUUGCGACACCAGGUCGCCUUGUCGACAUUAUGACCUCAAGAGAUGUCCACUAUCCGAAAUCUUCGUUUGAAGUGCUCGUGCUCGACGAGGCGGACCGAUUGCUCGACCAUGGGUUCAAGGACGAACUGACCAAGAUUCUUAACCUGCUACCAAAGGAGCGGAGGACGGGUCUGUUCAGUGCAAGCGUGAGCGAAGCACUAGAUCAAUUGAUUCGCGUGGGACUGCGAAACCCCGUGAAAAUUGAAGUCAAAGUGAAAGGCGCCAAUGGAGUGGAAGACAAGCGGACCCCUGCAAGCCUCAAGAUGACCUAUGCAGUGACUAAAGCUUCUCAAAGAUUCCCAUUCCUAGCAGCUCUUCUAAGACACCUUGAUCCAAUGCCGCUGCGGACCAUUGUGUAUUUGUCCACUUGUGCUGCGGUGGACUACUUCCAGAACCUGCUACCCUCGAUCAUGCCUUCAGGGGCGGUGCUUGUGCCCUUGCACGGUAAGCAUCCAGCAAAUGUCAGGGAGAAGAACUUCAUUCGCUUCACCGACUCUGCCUCUCCCUCUGUUCUUCUGACGACGGAUGUUGCCGCGAGGGGUUUGGAUAUUCCAUCUGUGGACCUGGUGGUACAAAUUGACCCUCCAUCAGACUCCAAGGUCUUCCUGCAUCGAUGCGGGCGAGCUGGCCGCGCAGGUCGCAAAGGUCUCAGUGUCGUCCUUCUACUCCCUCAUGAGCAAGACUACGUGGAAUUUCUAAAAGUCCGACACACCCCGAUUGAGCCCUUGACCGAACCUAGUCCUUCCGAAGUGCAGGACGACUGCCGUGAGGUUGAGGAGAAGUUUCGAAAGACUGUGCUCACGGAUCGAGCACUGUACGACAAAGGUCAGAGGGCGUUUGUCAGCUGGGUGAGGAGUUACUCGAAGCACGAAGCAAAGUCCAUUUUCGGUUUGAGUGGAAUCGACUGGAAUGACCAUGCCGCAGCCUGGGGCCUGUUGAAGAUGCCAAAGAUUGCCGAGCUCAAGAAUACCAAGUUACAACCCUACCAGGGACCUGACGUCGAUUGGGACAAAUACGGAUACAGGGACAAACAGCGGGAGAAGCAUCGGAAAGAAAUGCUCGCAGAAGGUUUGAGCGGCUCCACUGCUAGUCGCAAGGACGCCGACUCCAAGAAACGGAAACAGGGCACUGUGGCUUGGUCCGAACAGCUCGAGCGCAAGGCAACCAAGGAAGUCAAGCGAUCUAGGAGGGAGGCGAGACGACAACACGACCGGCUCACCAAGAUGACGGAGGGCGAAAAGGAAUACCAGGCCGAGACGGCGCGGAUGGUCGAGCAGCUCCGCCGGCAGCACGUAAAGGCCAGUCAGCAGCGAGAAGACGUCUUUGAGGGCUUUGACUGA